CGAUUUCUUGACGUUUAAUUCUCCUUUGCAAAACGUAGCAAAGAUUCUAUCAGUCUCACUUGUAUUAGAUCCUAAUUCUCGUAAUACUUUAGAGUCCUUACUGCUUCAUAUGUUGUGAGUUUAAAAAGAUAUUGAUUAAAGUCAAAGAAUUAACAGCGUGUUGGUACAUUGAUUUUGAAAAAAUAUCAAUGACGGAAGACGUAAAACCUGAAAUUAUUAAAAGGACACAAGAUUUGCUUGGAAAAUAUUUCAAAAAACCACCGCUAACUGAAAAGCUACUGAGAAAACCACCAUUUCGAUUUCUUCACGAUAUUAUUUCAGCUAUUAUAAAAGAAACUGGAUUUCUGAGUGGUUUAUUUACGGAGGAAGAAUUGAAUUCUGAUAAUAUUAAAGACAAGGAGGCUAAGUUAGCAUACCUAACAAAACUUAUCGAUGUUGUUAAGUUAAUUACUGGAACAAAUUUAACAGUGCGAGCUAGUAAAAUUAUUGCUGGUCACGAACCAACAAAAACUAAUGAAUUACUACAUGCAAUUGGAAGAGCUUUAGAUAAGAAAGUGAGCAGUGUCGAGGCAAUCGAGCACUAUAAAAAAAGUUGUGAAAAGAAAGCUCGCACACACACAAAGCCUAAACCAUCAACUAAGGAGGAUCCCAUUAAAAAACCAGCAUCAAGACAUUCCUCGCAAACUAGAAAAGUCAAUGAAAAAGAAAAGGUCUUGACAGAAGCUAAGAAAAGAUCCUCUAGUAUUGAGAAAACAGCUUCUAGGGAAGUUAAGACACGAGAGGAUGAUAAACGGGAAAAGAAACGUCUGCAAGAGAAAGAGAAUGAAAGAAAAGUUGACAAUCCAGUCGAGGAUACAGCAGUUACUAAUGUCGUGCCAUCAGAGCAGUCUAUUACAGAAAAACCACCUUCAUCUAUGCGUCAAAAGAGACAAUCAUCUUCUGUCAAAUCAAAGCAAAAUGUUACAUCUCCAAAGUCUUCAGAUGCUGUAAAGAUCAAAUCAGCCCUUCUCGAUGCCACAAACUCGCCUAAACAUAAACCCAAGGAAGCUGAAGCUCAAAAAUCAUCCAGUGGUACUCGACGAUCAUCCUCGGGUCAUCAUCAACAAAAUGAAUUACAACAAAAAGAAAAAGUAAAAGAUUCCGAAGAUGCAUCCUCUCGUGAACAGAAAUCCCGUUUAAGUACAGCAAAAGAGGCACGUGAGAAAGGCAUAGCUCCCGAAGACAUUUCCAAAAAAGAAGAAGACAAUGAUGCUAGAUUCUCAGAGAAUACAAAACAUAUUGAAAAACCGGAGUCUGGAAAAUCCGAGAGAAAAUUUAGCAUCACAAAUAAACAAAAUACUUUUGAACAUCCAGGAAGUCCACCACCUCGACCAAUGGGAACGGUUUCAAACAGCGAAGAAUCAGCCAAUAUAUCUACAGUACCUAAUAGACCUAAAACUUCUUUACGGCCCCCAAGUGCAAGACCAAUGAGCGCAAGACCAGCAGCUCCAAGAAUGAAAUCCAAAACAGAAUACAUUGUUAAUGAAGACAUAUCGACACCUAUGGGAAACGUCAAUGUCAUAGUGGAAAAUUAUGACACCAAAGAGGAUGAUGCAGAUGAUAUGGUAGUGAUGGAAACUGGUAGCGGUGGUGGGGAUUCUUUAGGAAUUGAACGACCUAGUCAUACAGAUAGUCAAUUACCUAGUGAACAUGGACACCUAGUGGCACAGAUCUUGGAAACCCAACGAGAACUGGUCAACACUGAUAACGUUGAUGUUAUGCCUAAGAAAGUGGAGAUUGUAAGGGAAUGGGAAGCAGGUUCUAGAAGGGACCGUGAAGUCACUGUUAAGGAAGUUGACAAGCUUCGAGGUGCAAUACAAACAUUAACACGCGCAACAAAUCCUUUGGGAAAAUUAUUGGAUUAUUUACAGGAAGAUGUAGAAAUGAUGCAAAGAGAAUUGCAAGAAUGGAGAAGUCAGUACAAUCGUUUAAGUAAAGAGUUAGAAAAGGAACAAGUAGAAACUCAAGAAUCUGUAGAGCCAAUGAAGAAAACAUUAAAGGACAUCGAAGACCUGAUAAAACAAGAACUUGACAAAAUAUGUCAGGUGAAGUCAAAUAUUAUGAAGAAUGACCAAAAAAUGCAACGAUUGCUAAAUGGUCACUUGUAAGAAUUCUUAAAUAGUCCAUUUAAACUAAAAAAGAAAACGUGCUCCAUGCAACACUUGUGCUUCAGUAUCGAAUGAACUUCAAUGACUGUAACAGUUUUUUGUGUAAAAAUAGAAUUUCUAAAUAGACACACUCUGGUGCUUAAUUCACAACGAGAAUACUCGUUGAUAAUUGUUAAGCAGCAAUUAAAAAGUAUUCUAUA